UUUGCAUAUUUCCUGUUGAAUUAUUGAAGUGACUCAGGAAUUUUUAUUAACAAAUUAUUAUUAUAGGUAGAGUUUGCUGUUUUCUAAUUGAGACUUCCAUUAUUUGGAAGGCCGGGCACAUGACAUACAACUAUUCUGCACUUGACAAAGUCUUUGCAUUCUUUAGCAGGUAUAUCACGUGCCUUGAAAGUAUUCAACUUUACACUUUGAAACAGAAGAAAAAGUUUUGAGGCAUGAGAUUUAUUUGAGCAAGUAAAAUGAAAGAUCAAGAAACUGAUGGAGAAGCAGAAAGACAGCCUCUUGUUUCUCACUAUUUCUUUCACUUUGAUAUCCUUGUUUCCAAAAAGUUCAAUUGCAGCUGACAGCAUAACUGCAACACAGUCCAUGAAUGAUAGCCAAACAUUGGUUUCAUCAGGCCAAAAAUUUGAACUUGGCUUCUUCAGUGCUGGAGGUUCUGGUGAUCUAUAUUUAGGAAUAUGGUACAAGAAUAUCCCAGGUAAGACUAAAGUUUGGGUUGCAAACAGAGACAGCCCUCUUCAGAAUUCUUCUGGUUUCUUAACAUUCAACUAUGAUGGAAAUCUUGUUCUUCUCAAUCAAUCAAGAAGCAUUGUUUGGUCUUCAAAUAUUUCACAAGCAGCAAGAAGUCCAGUUGUACAGCUUUUAGACUCUGGAAAUCUUGUUCUGAAAGAUAUGGGUGAUGACAACUCUGAGAACUACCUAUGGCAGAGCUUUGAUCAUCCAUAUGAUACUUUGUUGCCUACCAUGAAGCUUGGGUGGAACUUGACAAGUGGGUUGAAUCGAUCUUUGAGGUCAUGGAAAAGCUCAGAUGAUCCUUCUCCUGGAGACUACACUUACAGUGUGGAUCCCCGUGGGCUUCCUCAACUUGUUCUUCGUCAAGGAUCAAAGAAGCUAUUCCGAAGUGGGCCUUGGUAUGGGGAACAAUUUAGUGGCGAUCAAAUUCUGGUGGCAAACACGGUUUUCAAACCCAUAUUUGUCUCUAGUGCUGAAGAAGUUUAUUAUAUAUAUGAAACUAUAGACAAUAUCACUUCAAGAUUUGUGUUGGGUCAAUCCGGUCUCGUUCAGCAUUUCUCUUGGAAUGAUAAAGACUCUAGUUGGAAUCUCUUGUUCACAGUUCAAGAAGACCGCUGUGACAGUUAUGGUUAUUGUGGUAGUUAUGGUAGCUGUAAAGUUAACAAUACACUGUAUUGUGAGUGCUUAAAGGGUUUUAAACCCAAAUCACCCCAAGACUGGAAAUUGCUUGAUUGGUUAGAUGGAUGUGUUCGAAAUGAUCAUCGUAUUUGCAGAAAUGGAGAGGGAUUUAUCAAGUUAACAGGAUUGAAACUGCCAGAUGCAUCACAAUUUAGCGUAAAUGUCAGUAUGAGUAUUGAAGAUUGUGAGGCAGAGUGCUUGGAGAAUUGCUCUUGUACGGCUUAUGCUAAACUGGACAUCAGUGGCAGUGGCAGUGGCUGUGUGACCUGGUUUGGAGAUCUACUUGAUAUCAGAGAGGUUGCUAAUUAUGGGCAAGAUCUCUAUGUGAGAGUGGCAGCUUCAGAAUUAGAGGCAAAUGCUGAUAGAAGUAAGAAGCAGAGGCGAAUAAUAAUUGCAGUGACUGUUUCUGUGGCUUCAGCAGUGAUCAUAUUGGCUUCAAUCAGCUGGUUCAUUAUUUGGAAGACGAGAAGAAACAAAUCCAGUAGGCCAGAUAAUCAAGCAAACGUUAGUGGAGUUGAAGGAGAAAGGGAUGACCUUGAGCUCCCAUUAUUCGAUAUGGCUACCAUUGAAGCUGCCACAAACAACUUCUCUGCCGCCAAUAAGAUUGGAGCAGGUGGAUUUGGCCUAGUGUACAAGGGUGAGCUACUAUCAGGGCAAGAAAUAGCAGUAAAGAGGCUUGCAGAAAAUUCUGGACAAGGCCUACAGGAGUUUAAGAAUGAGGUCAUCUUGAUCUCCCAACUUCAACAUCGGAACCUUGUAAAGCUUCUAGGUUGUUGCAUUCAAGGAGAAGAAAGAAUGUUAAUCUAUGAGUACAUGCCAAACAGAAGCUUAGACUCCUUAAUCUUUGAUGAAGCAAGGCGUCGUUCACUCAACUGGCAAAAGAGAUUAGACAUUGUUAUUGGGAUAGCUCGAGGACUUCUUUAUCUUCAUAGAGAUUCAAGACUCAGAGUAAUCCAUAGGGAUCUAAAAGUCAGCAAUAUUCUGUUAGACAGUGAAAUGAAUCCCAAAAUUUCAGAUUUUGGAAUGGCAAGAAUAUUUGGUGGAAAUCAAACUGAAUCAAAGACGAAGAGAGUUGUUGGAACUUAUGGCUAUAUGUCUCCAGAGUACGCAAUAGAUGGACUUUUUUCUUUCAAAUCUGAUGUUUUUAGCUUUGGUGUUAUACUGUUAGAGAUGCUCAGUGGCAAGAAGAACAGGCUGUUUUUUCAUCCAGACCACAAACUAAAUCUCCUUGGUCAUGCAUGGAAACUUUGGCAAGAAGGAAACGCCUUGGACCUAAUGGAUGUGUUGCUUGAGAAUCAAUUCCCUGCUUCUGAAGCACUAAGAUAUAUUCAAGUGGGUCUUUUGUGUGUCCAACAGCGCCCUGAAGAGAGGCCAACAAUGCCAUCUGUGCUUUUGAUGUUGGAUAGUGAAAGUGUGUUGUUAGCUCAGCCUGGACGACCCGGAUUUUAUGCAGAAAGGUGCCUUCCAGAGACAUAUCCAUCAUUAAAUGAUAGAAUGAAUUCCAGUUCAAAUGAGAUAACUGAUACAUUGUUAGAGGGUCGUUAGGAUAUGGUUUGUGCCACUCACUGUCCUAGAAGAUGGAAAUAAUUAUUCUAUCUGAAUUUGCAUUGCAACAGUCAACAGAUAUACCAUACCAUGCUUGAUUUGAAGCAUGUAGAUCCACUUAUGUACAUUGUGGUUAUGAGAUCCUUAGAAAGCUACUCAAAUUUGACCAAAGAAAAAGGAAAAGGAAAAGAGAGAGAGAGAGAGAGAGAAUUAUAGGAUUUAAUCUGUAGGGUAUUCCUGUAUUCUCCAUUGUUGCCCCUUUCCUUUUGAGGAACAUACUCACCUAUCUCUUUGUAGCUCAUGAAUGAUAACAAAUUUGAUCGAUUUUGGACAGGAAAUAAGUGUGAUAUGAUUUUUUUAUAAGUUGAA